GAAUCUAAACUAAGUGGUGUCGGAAUUACGAAGUUUAAAAUUUUCUGAGAACCCAAUAUUUUAAAUAAGAAUAUAAUACUGCGCUCCGGCUACCUAUCUGUACGAAUUUAUCUUACAAUACCUAUUCAAUGUACGACGCCUAAAGCCUACAGCUGCAGAAUUUUUGUGCUUUUCAGCCUGUUAAAGCUUAGGAAGGCAUGUGAAAUAUUUAUAAUUAUCAUGUCCUUUUACUGUCCAAUCCAGAAAGAUAAAAUACAAAUUUACGACAAAAAGAUAUUAAUUUACCCAAGACUGAAUAUUUUAAUAUAGAUAAGCCUAAAGAUAUUAAUGUAUCGGAUAAGUAAAGCAAAAUAGAGGCUAAGUAAUCUUAUCAUAACUAGUUGGAAUGUGAAUUGUCGGUAGGAAAUCAACACUGGCUGAAAGCCAUGUUAGUUUUCAAACACACAAAAGCUAAGCAGUAAAAAAUUUGCUUUAUACUUAGAUAACAGGUUUGUUUUUGAACGCUACUAGGUACCUACUUAAGUAAGUAGGUGCCGAUUUUUUGUAAACAGUAGGUAUAGACUAUAUAUAGCACAGAGUACUUUUACUUACUUGAAAAGUAUAUAGACACCAAUGGGGCAUUGAGAGAAUAAUCUCUAUAUUUUUCUUUCUUUUAUAUUAUAUCAGCAGUCAAAUUCCUAUUAUCAAUAUAGUUGUUUAAAAUAGUGUAUAUUAUAAUUUAUAAACCACUUUUACCUACCUUUAAUCACUCAAAUUGGGUAUGAUCUUCCAACAUUCAAAAUUCAAGUUUCCUAAUAGGUACCUAUAAAGAAUUUGUCAGGCGAUAUUUAAUUACUUACUUUUGAUUUACAUUUUACAUCAGUCGCCUAACUAAAUUCAAAACUGGCUGAAUUAACAUAAAUAUAUACCUACAUACCUAUCUGAAAUAUUUUGCACGUCAUUUAGUUGUUACUUACUAAGGGCCGGUUAUAAUUACGUAUCUCUAGUUACGGAUACAUUGCCGUUUAAUGACAAGAUCUUAUCUAUCCAUAGUUAUGUCCAAUAAAGAUACACCUACCUAGUCCAAUGCUAUAAGUCGACAGGUUAUUGAAAUGUAAGUAAGCGUAGAGGAUAGAUUUGCCUACCUCUUGUAAGUUAAACUAAGGAUAGAUAGGUUAUUGAAAAUGGCCGUUAAUUGUUUUUGUUUUACCUACAUCAGCUGCUGCUGGCAUUUAUAUAUAGUCUGUAUUCUAUAUUAUAGUUCUGAAUAUGACUAUUGAAAUUUAAAGUAUUGAGUUUGAGACUUGAGUAAUGAGUAUAGAGAUAAGAGAACAGAUAAUUAAGCUAGAAGCUAAAUGAUUGUCAUUCAGAAUUUUAAAUUAAGAAUUAUUAUUUUGGAAACAUAAGAUUACAAUUUUUUUUAUUUAGUACUUAUUGAAUAUAUUACAAUGUCUGAACUGUCUUCGCGGAUGGAUGAAGAAGUGACUGAAAAAGGAGCAUGUAGGCUAAUCGUUUAUCUUAUCACUAAAAGAGCAUGGAAGUCUUGUUUUACUUGACCAAUUUUAUUGGCAGAACACAGUAUGUAUGAUACAAAAAAUUGUGCACUGGAUCAAAUCCAUCAUUUUCCAUCUGUUGAAAAUGGCCGAAUCAACUUGAGCGAUUUCCUUAAAGCAGCCAAUGGACUUUUAUCUAUUAUUGAGAGCUUUGGAAAAAUAUUUACUCCAGUAAAAAAUGACAUGCAAGGAAACAUUGAAAAAAUACAAAGCAUCUUGGAUUAUAACAAUGACUCCUGUCUAAUAGAGCUUUUGGUGAUGGAAAAGCUUAGAGGCAAAUCAGUUGCAGUUGAUGCUACGCUGUGGCUUAAUAGAGCACUACUGUUUUUUGAACUAGUAUUCCAAGAGAUUUUGAAUGAAACAAAAUUGAAAAACAAUGAUAUAAACAUGAAAAGGAUCUUUAAUAGUGCAUAUAAAGGAUCUGUGAAACAGUAUCACAGCUGGACUAUUCAGCAACUAUUUAGUGUAAUAUGUAAAUUGUCACCAUCAUAUACACAGAUCUUGAAGUCAUUUGGAUCUGAAAACGAUUUGGAAGCAUUUGAAGCUCAUCUGUCGAAGUUUAACUCAACAUUACAUCAAGUGAGAUCUAAGAUUGAUGAAUUCUUUGUCGACAAUAAUUCGAUGUGAUUUAUCGACAAUUUCGAUUUUAAAUCAAUAACUAACUAUGUAGUUAUUGAAUGUCAUCAAUUUCUUUUUCUAUACUGUAGUUUACAUCAGUGUUAUAAGAAAAUUUAUUGAAGUAGGCGUUACUUUGCGGUAAUCCAUAAUUAUCCAAAUGUUUUCAGUUUUCUUAAGUGUUAAUUCCAUCAAUAUUUGCAUUUUAAACAACUCGACACGUGUUUCGCCUCUACACGAGGCAUCCUCAGGACAUGUUGACUCGCCAAAAUCUGGCAUGAGACAGUGUUAUAACUUAAAUACUUAACUUAUUAACAUUAUGGAUAUAAAUGGUUUUAUUUAACUAAACACAUCUGAGAUGUAUUAUAAAAAUUUUAAUAUGGCUGAUAACAUCCUAUAUUAAUGUAUUUGGUGCUGUAAAAAAAUGGUAUUAUAACUGCUACGACAAUGGAAAUUAUAUAAUAAAAAUAUUUUUAGAUAAUAAUUUCAUGUAAAACUUUUAUUAGCUAUCAAAGGGCUACCCUAUACCCUAUUUUCGUUGAAAUAACGCCUUGUUGAUAUUCGUAUUAAAAACAAAAUUAUAUAAACAAAAGCAAUAUUUUAAAUUUAUCCGGAUUCUAUUUUUGUAACAAAAAUAAUUGUACCUAGACUUGUAGAGAUCAUUUAUUAGCAAUAAGUAUUUAUUGUUCUAUAAGUCAACUAAUUAAUAUAAUGACACAAAAUAUUUUGUCUAACUUAGAUAUUUUAUAAUUUUUAUUUGGUUUUAAUCUUCAAUUUUGCCCUCUUGAAAAUAGUCCAAAUUAGAAAACCUCUAGGAUAAUAUAAUUAUCCAUACAACAUAUAGAGAGAGUAAGUGCUGAAAUGAAUGUGGAAAACCAAUAAAUAUUACUUUUAUUGCCUAUUGUGCUGAUGCGGUAUUUAUUUAAUGUAUGUUUGUGAUAAAAUAUUAGGGGCAUAUUGCUAUAUUUCCCUAAACUCUAUAAUAAUAUAGAUAUCCAUACAUAGAGAGAGAGGAGUAGUUAAAUUAAUGUGGAGAGUAUUACUGUAGCCAAAAAAUGUUACUUUUAAUGAUAAUUAUAUUGAUGCGGUACUUAUUUAAAGCUCUGUUCAAACUGAGGCUACUAUUGCGCGGGACGGGAGUCGCUCGCGCCGAUUGUGUCAGCUUACUUGUAUGGACAACAGACGCCUUAUAGUGACGUUUUCAGAAGACUGUAGUGCCAUCUGUUAGUUGGCCCGAAAAUGAAAGCCUUGUCAGCUGUCACUCGCUUUGAAACCUUUCAACUUUUCUUUAUUUGUGUCACAGCCCACUGGUCAUAAAAUGGCGGUUACUUCUAGCGUUUGCGCAUGUAUGUAGCUCUCGUGUUCCAUUUUGCAUAUUUACACUACUAAAUCUAUCCUUUAUGUUCUAUGUUGUGACAAAAUUAAAUAACUAACUCUACGCGCAAUUUCAGCAUGAUAAAAAAUUGCUAUACCUACAUUAAAAAGUAGAGUUAGUAAUUUAAUUGCGUCACAACAAAAUGAAUUUUAUAAUUUCGAGCUUAUAUAUAGUUAUUUUCGGGGCCAAUCUCCAGAUGGCGCUAGUUUUCAAAUAGACAGCUCAUAAUGCAUAGAGAGGGCUCUCUUUUCCCUAUAUAUUAUUAUACUCUUUGAUGGACAUGUUCAAAGUUGAAGCGGAACAAGAGCGGGACGCCCGGCGGGAUUGUUUGAUCUCACAAUGCAUAAUGUUUCUCCACUGAAGAACGAAAAAUGACACGCGGGAAGUCGCGUCAGUUUGAGAGACUCAGCGAGCGAGCGAAUUGCUCUAAAUCGCAUCCCGCGCGUUAUUUGCCUCACUUUGAACAGAGCUUUAUAUUUGUGACAAAAUAUUAGGGGUAUAGGUACUUGGUAGGUAUAUCUCCCCAUACUCAUAAUUGCCUAUUAUACAUAUUAGUGUGGUAUUUAUUCAUUGUAUAUUUUAACUAACUUAACACGCCAUCGGCUCAUUGCACACAAAAACUCAUUAUCAAACAAAAAUAUUUAAAAUCAUAAAAGUAUUAUUCAAUUUAAGUGUUUACAAGAAAAUCACCCCAAAGGUUUUUUAAGAAAAACAAAUUCCGUACGUAACUUUGCCGUUAUUUUUACACAGGCUUUUCCAGGCAAAAGUUAAAAUUAAAAAUAUCAUUCUUAUAAUUUUUGUUUUUGUCACAUAAAUAGUACCUACUAUGUUAGUACAUAGCGCAUAUUUAUACAACAUUACAAUUACAAAGCCCAUAGACCAGAAACUAUCUGUGAUCAAAAUGAGAAGCAAUCUGUUAGCAGACGGCCGCAGCAAGCUUGAAAGUAGGCUCGCGAGACGAUUAGUCACUAUUCCUCAUUUACUAUUGCUACUUUGCUCGAGAACGAACAUUGUGAAGGUAGAACGAAAAUUAGCCCAAUAAAGCGAGGUGCUCUUGAAAUGUUUAAAACUGCAAGUUUGAUAGGGAGGUACUACUAUUGUAGGUCGUAUUGCAGUAUCAUUAAUUUCUACUUCUGUAUGGAUAAUUAUAUGUGAGUAGGUAUUUACGGAGCAAUUUCUUUAACAAUAAUAUGAAUAAAAUGCUUUAAUAAUAAAUUAUUCAAUUAA